AUGGAGUUUGGCGGUGGUCUUGGCAGAUUCGCCAUCUCCCCACCAAUCCAGAAUUUGUGUCGAGAAAUAGUGGAGGUGCCUGGUGGCUCUGAAUGGAGAAUUCGGAAAUUACAAGAGGAUUUUGAUGGAUUCUGUUGGAAAUACGCGGGAGCUUCAGUUAUUGUCAAUUAUCAUUUUAGGAGAUUGCAGACCUCCACUACUCCAGAAGACGAAAAUCUCAAAAUGUUCUACGCGAAGGUGUCUCACUUCAUGUCUCCUGUCGAGAUAUCUCUCCAACCGAAAUAUUUGACAUCCGCCAGAAAAUCGAUAAUGAAUCAAUUGAAUGCCGCGUAUCAAAGUGCGUUGAGUAGACCAGAUGGGUUUCAGGAGGAUCAGAUUUUUGUUCCCGUGGCGUGUGCGGUGCAAGAGUUGGGGAUAUGGUAUCGCGGAAGGAUUUCGCAGAUAUCUGGAAAGGAACAUGUCGUCGUUGAACUUGUGGAUUUUGGCACCCAAAUUCUUGUGCCACGUCACCACAUUCUUCCCCUUCUCCGCCGAUUCGGUCGGGCUCCGCCCCUUUGUCUGAAGUGCAAAACUGAUGGAUUAUCGAUUAACGAUCUGGAGAUCAAGGAUCUACACGAUUUCAAAGAUAUCGUUUCCGAGUGUAACGCGCUAUUCCGAGUGGAGAUCAAAUCGAUGGACGAGCCGUUUUUGAUCGACUUGUACCAUCCCACAAUAUCCGGGUUGAACGUGUGCGAGAGAUUUCUCCCGCCUCCAGAAGAUACGGCAAAGUUGGAUAGAAUUGAGAGGAGUUGGGAUGCACAUUGCAAGAAAAUGAAUGAAGAAGUGGAAGAUGAUGAGGAUUUCGAGGAGGAGCAUGGCGAUUACUUUCCGUCGCCAAUCUGUCCAAAAUCUCCCGGCCUACAGAUUCCUCGAGAAAUCUCCCCACGUGUCAAAUACAUCUCACGUCUUCCGAAAUGUCCCCGUGCCCCACGAUUCCAACAGGACACUCUCCACGUUGAGCACAUUGAGAAUUCCCAGUUGAUCUACCUACAGUACCCCUAUCAAAUCGAGAAACGCGCUGAGCUCGAUGAGUUUCUGUGUGUCACGUGGCCCCGCCUCCCACGGAUUCCCCUGGAAAUGAGAAAAGAGGGACAAGUGAUUGCUAUCCGGAAUCCGCGCUUCAAUGCUGUCCGUCGUGGAAUUAUUAUUGAUGAGAGUACUGUACUUUUGGUGGAUUACGGUAGAUUUGUGAAGUGUCCUAAGAAGUCCGACUUGCGGUUGAUGCCGGCGGUGGGGUUCGUGUUGGAGGAGCCCAUGCUCACCAUAAUAUCCCUGACCCGUGGUGUCAACAUGCAUACCCCUCACCACUCGGAGACACUCUUCCUCCGUCAAAAAUUGCCACGUGGUACUCCAAUCUACUUCAAAUGGGACAAGAAGUCAAAAGCCACUCCAUUACGCGGAAAACUGACAAAAAAGGGACAGAAAGAGGCGAUGAAUGAUCAAAUGGUCAAAAACCUGAAAAGCCGAAAAAUCGACGGCACCUGCCGCCAACUCGACAUCUAUCGUCCACGUGACAACCACGUGCUGCCACGUGGAACCCACGUGUACCAUGCCACGUGCCAUCCCCACUACUCGAAAGGAAACGAGGAAUUCGUGUGGAUUUGA